ACACUUUGGGUGUGAUUUAUGUCUUUUUUAUGUUCUAAAAUUAUGAUCACGAUUUUUCAUCUUAUAGUAAUGAUGUUCAUGUUGUUGGUUGAGUCAUUUGCAUAGCUUGAUAGUAAAGAAAAUAAUUUUUUUUCUUUUUUGGUCCUAAAUUUGAAGUUGAGAUGGUGCAAGGGAAGUUGUCGGCGAGUGGCAAAAGACUAAAAACUGAAAAGUUUUGCCAUUUGAAUAAUCAAAUUUUGGCAUAUUCUUAUUUGAAUUUUAUAUUAGUUAUUUUAUGUUACACUCGUGAACUUUGUGUUGAUCUUACGUUAUGGUUCUGAUUUUGCUGUUCUGAAAUGUGUACAUGUUGCAUUGGACUUUGGAGCAUGAGCAUUAGCUGCAUUGACCAGAUAUUCAUGUGCACUAAGUCAAGACAAAUGAUCAAUCAUUAUUUUAAAAUAUAAAAUAUUUAUGUGGCUCCAAAAUUUUUGUUGUCAUUUAAUAGUUAAUACUAUAGGAUAAUAGGAAUUGGUCUAAAUAAUACACACACACGCACAUAAUUUCUUGUCUAGCUGAUUAAAGCUUAUUUGUUUUAAUUGCUCAAAUAAUGGCAUGACAUGAAUGAUAACUUCAGCGAACUUCACAUGUUUUUCAGUGUUGUUAUUAUUGUUCUUCUUUAAUGCUGUUUUGAUGUAAUUUGCAGUUGAAGUGUGGAAAAAAUCUUAAGCUAAAGGCAAUUUGGGAAGCUGGAACAAUGGGUUCUGUUUGUUGUUGUUUGAGUUUUGAUGAUUUUGAAGAUUAUGUAAAUCCAAAUAGUCCUGUAUAUAGGAACUGUGUGUGUCUCAGUUGCUUGAUACAGAACCUUUUGAUUGUGUAUUCUUCAAUAUUCCGUAGAGGGGAUGCACAUUCAAUUCCUUCAUCUAUUCAAGGGGCAGCAUCUAUAACUUCAGCAGCAUCACUCGAUAAUUCUCUAUCUGACAUGUAUCGCUCUCCUCCAAGGCCAUUACCAUAUGAUGCAGAACCCAGAUAUUUCCGCUCGCAACGUGAUGGACUAGUUUCAAGGCGUGAGAAGGGUUCAAGUCAUUCAAAUGAGGAAACAGAACCUCUAAGAAGUAAUGCAGAUGUGGAUCCAGAAUCCUUAAAUUCAGGAGACAAAUGGAAGGAAAGUGCCUGUGAAGCUGGAUCAAAGGAAUACCGUUCUAAGUCCUCACUAAGACUUCAAUCAACAAAAUAUUCAACUGGAGUUGGUCUUGUCUAUGCAUCAUCAGAGGAGGAGGAUGUCUGUCCAACUUGUCUUGAAGAAUACACUAAAGAGAAUCCAAAGAUAAUGACAAAAUGCUCUCAUCAUUUUCACCUUGGUUGCAUUUAUGAGUGGAUGGAGAGAAGUGACAACUGUCCUGUCUGUGGAAAGGUGAUGGUAUUCGAUGAAACGACUUUCACUUGAUUACAAGGUCUGUGUUGUGGAUGAAGUCAGCAACUGAGGCAUGGAAGAAUAUAAGCUUAUAGACAUUGUGAAUACUACAUAUUAAGUGUCUGUCAUGUAUAGUAAGUAUGAAAAGUUUCCUUAACCAUUGUUGUGAGUUCAUUCUAAUCCCACUUGUUUUUGUGUUUAAAAAUUUCCGCAUGUCCAAAACCGUGAAGAAAGAAAGAAUAUCUAAUUUUAGAUGGAAACUUUGUGAUGAUGGCUUUAACAUA